GAAUAAUUUCAAGAGCCCACGCAGGCCGUUGAGUGCAAUCUGUUCGGAGCAGAUAAGAUGGGCGCCAAGCCCACGAGCCGAAGUUAUCAAACGCAGCACUCGCCAGUCGCCACCCCGAUGCUACUGGUGCGCGCCCCGCCGUCUCCCGCGCCGCUCUCGGCGGCGGCCAAUUUCCCGGCUGAUCUGGAGCGCCCCCUUCGCCUUCGCGGUCUGUCCUCUUCCCGUGCCGGCGUUACUACGGCCACUGCCACGGCGAAGCCGGCGGCUUCCUCCCUGGGCGGGCAAAAGCGCAAGCAGGUGACGAGCGUGGCGAACCCGCUGGUGAAGCACUGCGUCAAGCUCCGGCUCUCCGCCGCGUACCGACGCUCCUGCCGCCGCCUCCUCCUCGUCGGCCUCGCGCCUAUCCUGGAGGUGUGUAGUUUUGAGCUCGAAGCCAUCGAUUACUUGCUUCUCCUGGACGGCGUAGAGGCCCCAGAGGCGCUGCGCGAGUUCUCUGGUGAUAUAUUGUAUGUCAGCGCCGCGGUGAUGAAGAAGGUGUCCGGGAUGCAGUCGGUUGAUUCCACCGAGGCGGUUGCUGUCAUGCACAUGCCUAACCAUUUCCGCGAUCUCGGGAGCCAUCAGGAUGGGGAUGCUCUUGAUGGUUUGUUCAGUUAUCCAAAGAGGAUUCUAGUCCUUGAUGGGAUUCAGGAUCCUGGCAACCUUGGAACACUGAUAAGAUCAGCUUGUGCAUUCAAAUGGGAUGGAGUAUUCCUUCUUCCGGCUUGUUGUGAUCCUUUCAAUGAAAAGGCUAUUCGAGCAGCUCGUGGAGCCUCUUUGCAGCUUCCUAUUGUCUCUGGUACGUGGCAUGACCUGCAUGCAUUGGUGACAAAGUAUCGUAUGAAGAUGAUGGCAGGGCAUCCAGAAAGUAGCAGUGAUGCAUCCAAAGAAACCUACUCGCUGUCCAACGAACUAGCUGAUUCACUGUUGAAUGAGUCUCUGUGCUUAGUGUUAGGAAGUGAGGGCAAUGGUCUCUCUGCAGAGACCCUCCAGGCAUGUGAGCUUGUAAACAUUCCAAUGGAAGCUUGGAACUGCACCACCCAUCAGGUGCUUUCAAGGAGAGUUAAUCGUAAAAGGACUUGAAGUACAAAGACACUCCGUAAAAAAGUGCUGGACCAACCCAUUCUAUGCUGGUAGGUUCAGCGGAUGCCACAUGAGUUCUUCUGUCAAACCAAACACCCUGUUUGUAUUUCUUGUUUGUUCCUGAUCUUUUUUUUGUUCAGUUAAAUUUAAGAGAAAGAAAAGAAAGUUUAUAUUUGCCUCAACUAUUUAGUCAUUGUGGGCUGAAUUCUAUAGGACGAUGUAGCCUUUCAAAACUUGACUUCUAGAAAGAAUAUAUGUAGUGAUUGUAGUUGCAUCUGUAAUAGUUCUUAAUUCUUGAGCUGACCAGACUUAGUACACGCAAGCAAGAUCCUAUACAAGGUGGUAAGACAAAAUUUGUCAGCUUCCAUUUCUCCUAAUGCUUUUUGUUAGUGAUUCUAAUGUCAUUGUGCAUAAAUCCCUCGUCAUUUUUUCCUGUGAUAGUGACAGCCCUUAUUUCCAAAUUAUGCUUGUUUGGUGAUUAGCUGCCACUGGAACAUCAGCUACUUGUUUCAGAGCUAAACUUGUACAGUUCCCUGCCUCCUACUCAAGUGUAGUUUUCCCUGUUGAAAUGAUCGUGCGUUUUCAACUUGGAUCUCACAUGUGCACAAGUACAAACCGAGAGCAGUGAUGGGCCAAUCAUAUUCAGGUACGUAAAUAAAAUAUCUACUAGGCUUUGGCAUGUCGUCACAGCUACAGUUCAUUCUUAUUAAAAAAUAGUAGGGGACCUAGAUGCUUCAGAUCGUGCUGCUUCAUUAUUCAUGUCUCUAUAUGUAGAUGUAGGCCUUUAUUUAUGAAAGAAGUUUUCAUGCGUAUAGCACUCGUUAUCUUAACCAACAUUAUCACUCUGCCUAUGCCAAUAUAGGCAAGUUGUUGUUGUCGUGUCCAGUGGCCAGCGCGCGACGGUGCAUGUUUUCUCGUGAAACUGUGUAGGUAUCUUUGCCCUGUCAAUGCCAAUGCCCAUGGACUCAUACAAUUGCCUUUCUGACUCUGAAUCACGCAGGUUUGGUGUUCCUGCAACGCAUGCCAUUGCUUUCGGUCCUUUUGGUGUUUUGCAGUGUGCUGGAAAGGGAUUGGGUUUGGUGGUGUUGAUAGAUCUGUGAUCAUCUAUAUAUAAUAGCAUUGGGUGGCCACUGAUUGGUGCAUCACUCAGCUGAAUUAAGCACUGCCAGGCUGGUGAGUGUUUACUCUCUCGGCUUCUCUUUGGGAAGUAGCAAUCGGAUCGCGUAAAGAAAGCUGAGUUGUUGCGGCCUCUGUCGCAGCUGCAUACGCGCAAUGCAUACAAUGAGCUGUAUGCUGGUCGUCCAGAGAAUUUGAGGGAAUAUUUCGCUUUAUUUAUUGGGGAGGGAUUUUAGACUCAGAGAGAGUUGCCCAUGUGGAUGUCGGGCUUUAUCAUCUGCAGAAGCUCCUGGGAUCCACUUGCUUUGCAGACUAUUCGAUAAGGGAAGGGACUCUGAUUAUUCGACAGGGAAAAGGAAUUAUGUUUCGUAGGAAGGAGAUUAGAACUUAAUUAGUUCGAUUUAUGCAGCAGGAAUCUGGGUAAACUGUGCGUCAUUCCAAAUUAAAGCGAGGCUCUAGUGGGAAGGAGAAGGGAACUCAUGUCGGUGGCUCUAAGUGGAAAGGAAACCAAUGCAACUUGUCUGUCAUAUAUAGAGUCAUAGAGAAGAUUAUAUUUACUCAGUUGUUUGUUUGGCCCACUAAACUGUCAGGGCUUCCAAAAGACUCUGGGUCUGUCAGCC